UUCAGUUUACUUUUUUUUUAUUGCCCCUCUUUUUUGCUCUCUCUUGAAUUUUCUCUGCAAUUUUUGUUUGGGGAAUUUUCUAGUUGGACAGAAAACAGAGGGCUUUGGAGACAGAUGUACUCCGGCCAACCUCUUCCUCUUGAGACUCCGGAUGCGGCUGCCGGAGCCGCCGCGAGCGGGGUGGCUCUGAUUAGAACCUAUAAGGCCUGGAAAGGCAGCAAUAUAUUUUUACUCGGAGGAAGAUUAAUAUUUGGACCUGAUGUCAGAUCCCUCUUCCUUACUGUAUUCUUAAUUGCAGCUCCUGUUGCUAUUUUCUGUAUCUUUGUUGCAAGAAAGUUGAUGGAUGAUUUUCCUCAUCACUCGGGAAUAUCAAUAAUGGUCAUUGUUGUUGCUCUCACAUUAUUUGAUUUAAUUCUUCUUAUGGUAACAUCUGGAAGAGAUCCUGGUAUAAUACCCCGUAAUACUCACCCUCCAGAGCCAGAGGGGUAUGACGGCAAUACCGAAGUUCAGCCCGGCCAAACUCCACCACUACGCUUACCACGUACGAAAGAUGUUGUUGUUAAUGGAAUAGUUGUGAGGACCAAAUACUGUGAUACCUGCAUGCUUUACAGACCUCCACGCUGUUCUCACUGUUCGAUAUGCAAUAACUGUGUGGAAAAAUUUGACCACCACUGCCCUUGGGUUGGUCAAUGCAUUGGUUUGCGGAAUUACAGGUUCUUCUUCAUGUUUGUGUUCUCUACAACACUUCUUUGCUUAUAUGUUCAUGGGUUUUGUUGGGUCUACAUUGUGAGGAUCAUGAAUGGUGAACGGACAUCAAUCUGGAAAGCAAUGGCUAAAACUCCUGCCUCCAUUGCACUAGUGAUCUACACUUUUAUAUCAGUCUGGUUUGUUGGUGGGCUUACCGUAUUCCAUUUGUACCUAAUUAGUACAAACCAGUCUACCUAUGAAAACUUUAGAUACCGAUAUGAUCGACGUACAAACCCAUUUGACAAGGGGGUAAUUAAGAACUUCAUGGAAGUUCUCUGCACGGGUAUUUCUCCAUCCAAGAACAAUUUCAGGGCAAAAGUCCAAAAGGAGCCUACAAUUCUACCUAGAACAGUAGUUGGUGGUUUUGCCAGUCCAAUGGGGAAAGAACUCAAUUACAUGGGGAUGGCAGUCCAUAGCGGGAGGAAACCAAUUUGGGAUGGGUCUGUUCGAGAGGCAGAUGAUUCGGAUGGAUCCUUAGCAAAUAAUGACCGGCAGGACAAGGAUGGAGUAUCAGCUGAUAUUUCACCAGAUUUGAGUAGAAUCAUUCCCCCAGAAGACACUGAAGGACGUAGCAUAAUGAAUCCUAGGCAUUCUAGUUGGGAAAGGAGAAGUGGAGAUUGGGAUAUAUCACCUGAAGUUGCUCGUGAGUCAAAGCAGUUCUCUGGUCGCAACGGAACUCAACAAUCUUGGACAGAUUCUAAAGUGUAAAAUAAACAGGAAGAAGAAAAUAGUACAAAUUGUUAAAGAAAAGAAAAGGGUGAAAAAUUUUAUGAUCUGGGUACGAAUUUGGGUUGAUUGCAUUGCAUAUUAGUCCUCAUUGAGAUGGUAAAUAUUUCAUAUUGCCCCACUGUACCGUAGAAUGCAAGAUUUGUUUGUAUCAAGGUCUAUUUCAAAUCUCGGAAAACUUGGCUUGUGCCUGCCAUCGUGACUUUUCUUCUCCCUUGUUCCUAGUUGGUAAUUGAUCUGGUGAAGGAUAUGGAAUUGUUGAAUUCAAUUGUCAAUUCUCUGA